AUGGGUAAAACUAACGGAAAUACAGGUCUGGUGUGCAAAAAGUCGCAUUUGUCACCAGCACCAGUUGCAUUUAUUUAUAAACACAGUUUACCAUAAAACACGAUUCAUUCACUUUAACUACGCUAUUAACAAUUUCUUUAAAGGGAAGUAACUUCGAUGACACAGGAAAAGGAAAUAAGUAAUUGCCUUUUUUUAUCUGAACACACUAGGAAGUUAAAACGGAGAAACUUGUCAUCAUAAAAGGGAAACAAAAGUUUUGAUCAGUAUCGUGUUGAGACAAAUUCAAGUAAGAAUGUUUCAAGAACCUGACUUCAGAGAAAGCCUAUCACUGAUGCUAUCAGAGGUUUUAGAUGAUAUUGAACUCAACGAAAGGAGGGUGAUUAGAGGAAGAAAAGUAAACAUGCUGAGAGAGACUAUGAGUAAUUUGACAUUAAGGUCAACUGGUGUCAAUGAAACCACACAUUAUCUAGGGAGUCACAGUGAAUGUACAACUACCAUAGGGCUUCAAUCAGACUUUGAUCAAUUAUUCUGUAGUCAUCAAUUCAAUAUAAUAGGAAACUGGUCAGAGUGGGAACAUGGCAAGGAAAACUACCUUUUGAUACAGGAUGAAAACACCACCCCUGGAUAUUGUUUCCUACAACUGCUCAGAUCUGAUGAACCUAAGCCUGCUACUGUCAUUCCAGAUGAAUACAACAUAAUUGAUAGAAGAGGAAGAAUAAUGUUUAAGAACACGAUGAAAACUGAUUUUCUUCAGGGUGGUGAAGAACAACAUGGACCAUCAAUUGCUUCACAAGGACAACAUGGAAUUUGUGAUAGAGACAGAGUAUUAGCUUUUCCCUGUAAAUCAUGGCCUCAGUCUGCAUCAGGUUGGUUAGAGAGAUAUGGUAUGGGGAGAUGGCCAACCCAAAAGAUGAAAAUAUAUGCAGCCAGCACUCCAUGUUUUGUUGUUCCAACUGGAAGUAAGGUCAGUGUAAAUCCUGAACUGGAAUGGAGAAUAUCUACAUCACUGGCAGAAAGAUGUCUGAUAUUUAAUCUAAAUAUAACACAAAUAAGAUGUUAUGUUUUAAUGAAGAUGAUUCUUAAAUCAUUUCUGAAUCCUCAAGGGCAAAAGAACAUAUCAAGCUAUAUGUGUAAAACAGUUCUAUUACACUGUAUUGAAAAUACAGAACUAAGUAUAUGGAAUGAGAACAAUUUAUUGACAUGUUUAACUUACUGCUUUCUUAAAUUACAUAGUUGUGUAAAGAAUGCUCAUUGUUCACAUUUUAUAAUAUCUGAAAACAAUUUGAUGGCAGGACAAUUUACAGCUGAUGUAAAACAAGAACUUUUAGAAAAAAUAAGUGACUUUAUACAGAAUGAUGGGCAAAUGUUACUUGGAAUUGAUAUUGAUGAUCUUGGAUGUAAAAUUCAAGCUAAACUUAACAUUGUACCACAACGAGCAUAUGAUUUUCCUUCUUCUCGUCUGAUAAGUGAGAGGUUGUCUACAUUAGAGUAUAUAAACAUUGCAAAUCAUAUAAGUGUUAAUAACAGACAAAUAUUAAAUGAUUUACAUAAUAAAAAUAUAAGAAUUAUGAAACAAACUGUAGAAAGAUUACUGUCUUACAGUAAAUAUGGUAACAGAAUAGAACAUGUUUCAUGCAAGUUGCUUACUCCGUUUCUUUUUACCACAUAUGGAUCUGCCCUGGCUUCAUCUAGCAUUAGGGAUACUAAUCAGAUGUCACCUGAAGCAUUGAUUUGGCUAUCGGCUGGAUUGAACUCUGAUAUCUCGUCUAGCAGACUCAAACUGGCAUCAAUGUUCUAUAGAACAGGAUAUAUGGAGAAAGCUGAACUAAUUUUAAGACACACUGAAAGACCAAUUUACUUUUAUCCCAUUUUAGCUGUCUGUGGGUGCUGGGAGAGGCCUCAACCAGUUGUAACAGUAGAAUUUAUCAAGGUAUGCAACGAACAAAAUGAGGACUGUAUCAAACAUAUUACAGCGUUUUGUGUCAGAUUCAUACAGGAGGAGAUCAACUGUGUUCCUCGUGAGUUACAAUAUGAAAUGUUCAGAUCUACACAAGAUGACAUGUUACACAGAAAUCAUUAAACUGUUGGAUGGACUGGGCUGUAGUUGAUUCUAUACCUUUCCUGUACUUUCUACAAUAUAAGAUCUACAUCCAUCUACGGAGAUAUCAAGAUCAACAACAAUCGCUCAGUAAACUUAUAAGAUCCAUUGAACAGGUGAAAACCUUGGACACAGAGAAACUGCUCUCAAUAUGUUAGGGCAAUGUAUGGAACAAGAAAAAAGACCACAAAUUGCAUUGAAAUGCUACCUAUUUUCUCUUCAACAAAGGUCAAGACACAAUGCAGCUAAUUUCCAUAUAUGUCGGCUGCUAUCUAGUUUACUUGCCGACCAAUAAACUGCAGAAUAUUUCCAGGUGUUGGAUCUUGUUGGCCCAUUAUGUUGGGAAAGGCAAAUCUUCAUCAUUAUUCAGAAAAGUACAAAUGUAUUUAAUAACUUGACAGAACCGUCCAUGAACAGUCUCAAUCAAAUCGAGCCUGCAACAUUUUCAAUGUAAAUACGAACACCCCAGGUAUUAUCAUUAAAGUUUGAAUCUGAUCGUUUCAAACAUGUUAAG